GAAUCUUUUUGUGAAUCGAACGUCAGUAGGAUGUGAAUUAUCAGUGCUGUGUACACGUGGUUUGUGGCAUGAAACAAACGCUGGUCUUCUGUCCAUUACGACUUGGAACAUCACAGGAUCUCGAAAGUACACUGCUGUUCAUCAGAAAUCACAGGUUUGGAGUGAUAAUGGCAGAGCGGGUGUUGGUCAUCGGCAGUGGCGGACGGGAACAUGCGCUAGCAUGGAAGUUAGCUCAGUCGCCUCACGUUCAGCAGGUCCUCGUGGCUCCUGGUAAUGCAGGAACUGCCAACAGCGGGAAGAUCUCCAACUCUGCUGUGUCUGUGAGCAAUCACUCGAUUUUAGCUCAGUAUUGUAAAGACCAUAACGUGGGGCUCGUGGUUGUUGGUCCAGAAGUUCCACUGGCUGCUGGUAUAGUGGAUGACCUUACUGCCGCUGGUGUGACAUGUUUCGGUCCGUCAGCAAAGGCGGCACAGCUGGAGGCCAGUAAGAGUUUCUCCAAAUCCUUCAUGGACCGUCACAACAUUCCCACAGCGCGCUGGAGCUCCUUCACUGACCCGCAGGACGCCUGCAAAUACAUUCAAGAUGCUGAGUUUCCCGCUCUGGUGGUGAAGGCCAGUGGUCUGGCUGCUGGGAAGGGUGUUGUAGUCGCUCGGGAUAAAGAUGAGGCCUGUAAAGCCGUUCUGGAUAUCAUGAAGGAUAAGGCGUUUGGUUCUGCUGGUGAGACUGUGGUGGUUGAGGAGCAACUGGAAGGAGAGGAAGUCUCUUGUCUGUGCUUCAGUGAUGGCAUCACAGUGUCACCGAUGCCACCGGCACAAGAUCACAAACGUCUGCUGGAUGGAGACCAGGGUCCAAACACGGGCGGGAUGGGCGCGUACUGCCCCACACCACAGGUGCCAGAGGAAGUGCUGCAGGAGAUAAAGAGGUCUGUUCUGCAGAAGACUGUGGAUGGCAUGAGAGAGGAGGGAACACCAUACGUGGGUGUUUUAUACGCAGGAGUAAUGUUGACUAAACAGGGACCGAAAGUCCUGGAGUUCAACUGCCGCUUUGGUGACCCAGAGUGUCAGGUCCUGAUGCCGUUGCUGAAGUCUGAUUUAUAUGAGGUGUUGAAGAAGACACUGCAGGCGGACCUGAGCUCAAGUCCAGUGCAGUGGCUGGAGGACAGUGCAGCUGUCACUGUGGUCAUGGCUAGCGGAGGAUAUCCGGCCUCAUAUAAGAAGGGACUGGAGAUCACUGGUUUGUCUCAGGCAUCAGAGAUGGGCAUUCAGGUGUUCCAUGCGGGCACUGCCCUUAAGGAAGGGGGCGGGGUUAUUACGAGUGGUGGGCGUGUCUUGACUGUGACAGCGGUCCGGCCCACCCUCGAGGGGGCGUUAAGCAGCGCUAAUGAAGGAGUGGCAGUGAUCAGCUUCCCUGAUGCAGUUUACCGCCGUGACAUCGGCCACCACGCCAUCACGUACCUCACCCGCACCAGAGGACUGACGUACAAGGACAGCGGUGUGGACAUCGCAGCGGGGAACAGACUGGUGGACAUGAUCAAACCUCUGGCUAAAGCCACGUCUCGUCCAGGGUGUAACGCGGAGCUUGGCGGAUUUGCGGGACUGUUUGAUCUGAAAGCUGCAGGAUUCACGGAUCCAAUCCUGGUGUCUGGGACGGACGGAGUGGGAACCAAAUUGAAGAUCGCACAAGCGUGUGGCAUCCACAGCACUCUGGGUCAGGAUCUGGUGGCCAUGUGUGUGAACGAUGUUCUCGCUCAAGGAGCUGAGCCACUCUUCUUCCUCGACUAUUUCUCCUGUGGCCGUCUAGACGUGAGAGUCGCAUCUUCUGUCAUCGGCGGCAUCGCAGACGCCUGUCAGAUGGCUGGAUGUGCUCUGUUAGGGGGCGAGACGGCGGAGAUGCCAGGUGUUUACGGUCCUAGUGAUUACGAUCUGGCGGGCUUCUGUGUCGGGGCCGUGGAGCGAGGGGCUGUCCUGCCCAGACUCAAGGACAUAAUGGAGGGUGACUUGCUUAUUGGCAUUGCCUCUUCUGGGCUUCACAGCAAUGGCUUCAGCCUUGUACGCAAGAUCCUAGAGCGGCGCGGCCUACAGUACAGCUCACCUGCUCCGUUUGGACAGCCUGGACAGAAUAUCGGUGAAGUUCUGCUCACUCCCACCAAGAUCUACAGCCGCCGCCUUCAGCCAAUCCUACGCAGUGGAGCCGUGAAGGCCUACGCCCACAUCACUGGAGGCGGGCUUUUGGAAAAUAUUCCUCGCAUUCUUCCACCAGAACUGGCAGUGGACUUGGACGCGUCCCGCUGGAGGAUACCGGCUGUGUUCUCAUGGCUGCAGAAGGAGGGAGGCCUUUCAGAGGAGGAGAUGAGUCGCACGUUUAACUGUGGUCUGGGCGCCGUGCUAGUGGUCAGCAAACAGGACGUGCAGCGGGUCCUGCGACUGCUGCAGGGCCAGGAGGAGGCCUGGAUCGUGGGUUCACUCACCGACAAACAGCCCGGAGCGGAGGCCGUGGUCAUCAGAAACCUGGAGCAGAGUCUGAAGGACAGUCCAGGCCGCUCACCGGACACCAGUGUCCUCAAGAACGGAGCUCUUCACGGGGAACACUCAGCACGCAAGAGGACCAAAGUGGCCGUUCUCAUCUCUGGGACUGGAACCAAUCUGCAGGCUCUGAUGGAGCAGGUGAAGAAACAGUCAAGUUCGGCGGAGAUCGUGGUGGUGAUCUCCAACAGACCAGGUGUCAUGGGGCUGAAGAGAGCAUCUAUGGCCGGCAUUCAGACACGGGUUGUGGAUCAUAAGCUGUACGGCAGCAGAGCUGAGUUUGACGGCACCAUAGACAAAGUUUUGGAGGAGUUUGGGGUGGAACUGGUUUGUCUGGCUGGUUUCAUGCGAAUCCUUACGGGACCCUUUGUCAGGAAAUGGAGCGGUAAGAUGCUGAACAUCCACCCGUCCCUGCUGCCAUCCUUUAAAGGAGUGAACGCACAGAAACAGGCUCUCCAGGCCGGCGUCAGAGUCACAGGAUGCACUGUGCACUUUGUGGCGGAGGAAGUGGAUGCAGGAGCGAUUGUUGUUCAGGAAGCAGUUCCCAUCCUGGUGACUGACACAGAGGAGAGCCUAUCAGAGCGCAUCCGGGAGGCCGAGCAUCGUGCCUUUCCAGCAGCACUAGAGCUGGUGGCAAGUGGUGGGCUGAAGCUGAGAGAUGACGGACGAAUCGUGUGGAACCAGAGCAUUCAGGGAUAGAUACCAACACACAGAUCAAGCUUACGACACUAAUAUAAUUCAGCCUCUUUAGUUCAGCUCCAAACUGUGAUUUAAGAACAAAUCAUACAGUAAAAUUUGUCAAACAUUCCAUAUCAAAUCUUUCCAGAAAUUAAUUCCUGAAUGUUUUUAAUGGCUCUUCUAUUGCAGGAUCCUAAACAGUAUUAAUCAAAUUCUCUGUUGAUGAAUAUUUGCUCAUGCCUGAGAGUUAUUGAAAACGUAUAUGAACUUUAUUCUCUGCAUGUAACAGAACUAGAUGAAUAUUUGCUCUUGGCAUUAAACUUGCACUGCUCUGUGACAAGACUGA